AUGAAGGGCUCGAUCGUCACCUUAUUUUUCUUCUUUGUCUUACUUGCCAGCCCGGAGGUGCAGAGCGAGGGCAUGGUGAAGCUGUGCGGUAGAAACUUCAUCCGAGCCGUCAUCUUCCUCUGCGGAGCCUCCAGGUGGCGACGGCAUCCGGAGGGGAGUCUGCAGCUUCAGCAAGCUGAGAGAGGAAACCACUUCCACGACCCAAAUGAACAAGAGAUUUCGGCGGAAACCAGAGGGCAAAGCCUUCAGCAGUUGGAGAGUGCAGCAGGGGAUGGGCCUCAGGGUGGACAGCUUCCUGUGGGAAGGAGGUGGGAAUCCAGGCAGCAUCCAGUUAAGUCCAAACGAGAGCUCUUACUGGAGACCUGCUGUAACAUUGGCUGUAGCAAGGCCGAGCUGAGCACUAUUUGUUCCUCCAAGAACGAACACACGCUGGGUGGCAGGGCUUUACGCUGGUUUCACGGCAGUGCGUCACUGCCUGACCCAGCGCUGCCACAGUCUCAUGAAGGUGAUGGCUUUUGA